UCUCGACCCAGCCCAAGCCCGCGAAAAAGCAGGAAAGAAAGACCCGAUACCCACUCGCCGCCGCCGCCGCGGAAUUUCCCCGCGCGCGCCGUCGGAACAAUGGACAAAUUUGUGCACGUUUACAGUGGUGGGGAGCUCGUGAAGGGGCCAAACGGGGUGGACUUUGGGAACCUUCCUGAAGAGGGUAUAUGGUUCGAGACGGCGCCCACAUUCGGUGAUCUGAUUGACGCUGUGCACAAGAAGCUUGGUUGGCGACAAGAGACACACAACAUCCGUGCGCAGGGAAGGAUGAAUGUUGGUGCGGGUGCUCAUCGGCACUUCAUCAUGGUUCCUAUCAAUGAUGAGAUGUCCUGGAGUAGCUAUGUCAAGGCAGUUUUCAAUGGGACUGAGUGGAAUUGUCUGGAGAUUUACGUUCAAGCAGAAACACAUUCCCCUGCAGAGGUCAUUUCCUCAGAGCCAGCACUAAUGGCUAUUGAACCAGCGGAUGUGCAAUACCAAAAUGCCCAACCUCAACAUCCAGGACGGGGUUCUUUUGAUAUUUCUUUGGUGUCGACUGCUAGUCCACCAAAUCAGCAUUCUCGACAUGGUCGAUUGCAAAAACCUAGAAAGCGCACCAGGGCGUGUGCAAACAAUGGUGGACGGGUUGGUGCAGAAGUUCAGUCUGGUCAAGAUCAGAAUGGGGCUUCAGAGACAGUUGAUACAACUACCUAUACUUUAAUUGGGUUGUUUGAUGCUGAUCAUCGUGCUCGAGCUCUAGCAUCUGGGCAGAAUCUAACUGAGCUCAACCCACGUACCCGUGAGCCUCUCCGGUUUGACAAGCGGUAUGAACAUUACCUUAGGCAGGCUGGGCUGAUGGGGCUGGUGAACAUCUGUAAGGCUGGGCUACCCUCCAUUGAUCGUGCGCUUGUCUCUGCACUAGUUGAUAGGUGGAGACCUGAGACCCACACCUUUCACAUGCCCUGUGGUGAGGUCACAAUCACACUACAGGAUGUUGCAAUGAUUCUUGGACUUCCUAUUUCUGGCCGUGCUGUCACUGUAAACGCAACAGAGUCUCAGAAUGAAUUGGUUGAGCGAUACCUUGGGAAGUCACCACCUCCACUGGAUAGGCCCCGCCCAGGGCUGAGGGUUUCAUGGGUCAGGGCUGAGUUUAAUAACUGUCCAGAAGAUGCUGAUGAAGAAACUGUCAAACAGCAUGCUAGGGCAUACAUCCUUAGCCUGAUUAGUGGAGUACUGUUUCCUGAUGCAUCUGGUGAUCUGUACACCUUCUAUCCAUUUCCGCUGAUUGCUGAUCUUGAUAAUAUCGGUUCAUACAGUUGGGGUUCUGCUACUCUGGCAUACCUCUACAGGUCAAUGUGUGCUGCUUGCAGGAGGCAGUCGGAUCAAAGUAAUCUGACUGGUUGUCUUCUGCUCUUGCAACUUUGGUCAUGGGAGCGUUUUCCAAUUGGCAGGCCUGAUAUGGUCAAGCUGAAAUACCCAAAUGUAGAGGAGCUAGAGGAUGAAAGGGAUAGACCCACAGUUGGUCUCAGAUGGGUUGUGGGUAUGUGUACGCGUCGUGCAGCUCCAGCACGUUGCUAUGAGCACUUCACAAAUGAGUUUGACUUGCUAACAGAUGACCAGGUUGUGUGGUGCCCAUAUAGGGAGGAAAGAGUGAAGGAACUGCAGCUUGCCCCAAUAUGUACCCAGGAUUCUCAUUUAUGGUUAACACAGGCACCUCUAAUUUAUUUCUAUAUGGUGGAGGUUUACACACCUGAGAGAGUGAUGCACCAAUUUGGUCUCUAUCAGAGCUGCCCACCUCCAUUACGGGACACUAGUGUGGAACUUCAUUGGUGUCGUCGUGGAAGAGUUCAUAAUGAUUGGGCACAGAAGCAUAAGUCUUUUGUGGAUACUUGGGAAACAAAGGAGCGACAUGUUAUCAUGGAAGACCGACCAUACAACCAUGAUAACUACAUGGAUUAUUUGAGGUGGUAUAAACGAUCUACACGCACCCGCCUCUGCACACCAAGGGGAAUUAGUAAUGGGCACAAGGGUGCGACACCUGGGGGAAGUGUGAUUGCUGAUUCUGAAGACCCUUUUCAUGCUUCUCAGCUUCGGUACACUCCCAGGGCCCAUUUGAUCCAUUCAGUGAACGACAAACUCACUAUCCUGGCAAAAGAUGCAGCUGCUCAAAAAGGAUGCCCCAGAGGUCAAUGUCAUGCAUUUAUUGAAAGGGUCACAAGAACAUGCGUAGAUAUUAGGGAACUUGGUGGAUCGUUGCUUUGUGACAUUGCUGAUGUGAUUGGUUCAUCAACGACACCAACAACUGAAGAUGGACUGGAGAUGGAGAACCAGAUGGAUAAGGAGGGAGACAUAAAUCAUUCCAUGGUGCCUGAUCAGGACAUCGAGGCAGGACCCCAGUUAGAGAAGCAGUCUGAAAGCCAGGAUGGUCACAAACAAGCCAAAAGAACAAUCCCCUCAAGUUCUUUGGGCAAGAGGAAGAUGAGUAGAUCUGUUCCAAGAUAACUAGUGCUCAAUGCAGGUUGUGAAAUUGGUGCUUGGAACGACCACUGUCCUUUACACCACUGGAACAUGACGAUGGGUCCAAAACAGUGAAUUGUUGCCUCUGGUAGUCUUGUGCAGCAAGAUAAUCCAUAUCCACUGCGGACUGUAGACAUUGCUGCUCCAGACUCGCCAUCUGAUGUGUCACAAGAGGAGCCAGUAGCAAUGGAAGAGAUGACUAAGGAGGAAUUCAUGGAGAAGCUGCGCGGCUGGAUGAUGGUGCUCGCGUCUCAUUUCGCCUCCAUGCCGUUCCAAGCAGGACUCAAUCCCCCGGAGUGAUUCUGGCCUAAUGUCUGCCGUGGAAGCACCAUGAGGAAAUAUGGGCUGUGAUAGAAAAUGAUGAUAAUCUGCCCCAAGACCUGAUGAUUGUGCGUGGCAAUAAUACUGUGGAAGGGGCAAACGAAGCUUCAAAAGAUUAUAAAACGAUGGUGGAUCUCUUUUUGUAACGACAUCUCCUGUUGUUAUCUUCGAGUUUAGGAUAACGUCAAGCUUAUCUUUAAUUGUUUAGGCCCAGAUGCAUGCACUCGACUGAUUUUAUCCUGUUCGAUUCUUAUUUUUGGAGAAGGAUUGAUGAAGAAACUAAAUUAGUUCGGGUUUCUUCUUCAUAUUCCUCUUUUGCAUCUCCCUUUUUUAACCACUAAUUGUUGAAUAGUUUGAGUGGUUCCCAACUACUUAAACAACAGUAAAGUAUGUUCCUAACUUCCAUUAA